UUCCUGCUGGUGCCUUUUUAGUGUUUAUUUUAUCCAUCCCUGCUAGUCUGUACAAAUCCAUUGUGUGUUAUACAAUAAUGCAUUAUUGGCCUGAUGCACUUCAUGUGUCCCCACCAAUUCAUUUCUGAGGUUCAGUAUGCUUGCUUCUGUGAGCUUAUGCCAAUGAGAGAAUCAUUUGAAAAGGAUGUUUAGAAAUAAGAGCACAGACACUGUUUAUCAUUCCACCGUUGUAUCUCCUUGAGCUCCUUUUUGGCGGGAAGUCUGUGUGCGCGUGUGGUGGGGGGUGUACUGCGGAAUUUCUCGCCGUUACCUAAUAUCUGCAGAGCGCAUGCGCGGCUUUAUCUCUCUGCACCUAGUUCUCCCUAGAGGAGGACGCCCACUCUCUCUCUAUUCACAUGGCUUGGCACUACCUAUUGAUCUGUCUGUGUGUCGUGAGACAUUACAAAACAGUUUAAGGAGUGAUGGUGUGGGUUAGGGAGAUUCUCGGUGGGUUUUAAUUGAACGAUGGGUAGGCACUGAAUUUAUUGCAAAAACAAAAGCUGACCUGAUUUGCAUUGAUCCCCAGAUGUAGCAAUGAUAGUGGUGACUGCUUCUUCCUACACAAGCAUGCAUUCCCGCACCUACAUAUAUAUCAUCGCCUCCUCUGCUAAAGUUUAUUAUGCUGUGACUUUUAAUUACAAUUAAAAACUGAGCAUCCAGGAGCAUGGCGAGGACGCAGAGGAAUUGAGGGAUAUAGAGAAAAGAGAACUUGUUAUGUAACUAUGCCAAACAGGGCCAGGCUCUCUUGCUCUUGUUGUUUUUCCUGGCUAAAAUAUAUUUCAAAUGUACAAUAAUUAUGUUGUACAAAGCACAAAUUUUGUUUAAACCUUCAAAUGCCAAAAUAUAUUACAAAAUGUACUUGAGGGGGACAGGAAAAUGUAUUUCAAAUUUCAAAAUGCAUUUUGGGUAAAAACAAAAUGUAUUUUAUUCAUUUAUGUUGGACUGUGUAAAUGCAGUUAUAUUUCAUAUGAAAAUAUGUAAUAAAUCACUUAUAAAAUGGCUAGAAAUAAAUGAGGAAAUAUACGUAACCUGAAAAUAUAUUUAUGCAAACAUAUUUUAAAAUCUACAUUAGCAAUAUAACAAUUUUACAUCUAUUUUAAAAUAUAUUUAAAAAUGUAAUUAUAUAUAAAAUAUAUAACUACAUGGCAUCCACACAGCCUUUUAGUCUUUUACACUACAAUGCUUUCUCUAAAAACCUUUUCUGGGCCACCGGAGAGACAGACAAACAGAAAGAUGGUCAAAAGAACCAGUAUGGACAUGCUUUUGAUUGUUUAUAAUGGUCUGGUAUGACGCAGGAGACCUGCAUCUUUUGGGAACGAGAUAUGACAAAUUUCUGCAGCCUGCUUGUGAAAAGGCAGAAUGUCUUCAGUGGUGUGGAUAUCAAGACAUGCUCAUUUGCCAUUUGGUUGCCAUGUUACCUGUCUCACAUUACACACCUUCCAGUCUCGCUGAAUCAGAGGGCAUGACGUCAACACACACACACACACACACCACAUGCUCCUCACAGUACACGACGACCUUUCGUCUGGAGGACACAGACAUUUUGGACUGGAUGUUUGCUUGACAGGCACAUUUAUGACUCCUACUCUUUUAAGUUUUUAGUUUUACGCUUUCUGAGCUGAGGAGGGAUUACUGACGAUUUUUUGAGGAUGAGGUGUGUGUGGGCCGCACUCUGUGGGAUUGUACUGCUAACGCAGGUUAUUAUAACCAAUUCACAAACCUCAGAUUCACUCACUGGGGACUGUUCUCAGUUUGACUCGUGUAAUGGCUGCAUCAGCGGAGACCCGGCCCUCAACCUGACACGAUGUGUGUGGCAAAGUUGUAAUGACGGAAAUGACACAAGAUGCAUGUCUGACACUGAAGACUUUGGGGGAUGCUCUGUCUACAAUGAGACCGGCAUGUGCAAAGCAGAUGGUGGGUCCACUGAUGGUGGUGGCAAAGAUACAACCUCUGGGUCAGGCCCUGAUUUCUCUCAAGCAUCAUUUGACCUGUCCAGCUUCAUUGGAGGAAUCAUCUUAGUGCUGGUGUUGCAGGCUGGGGCUUUUUUUGCAAUGCGGUUCCUCAAAACGAAAGACAGCUCUUAUGAAACUAUUGAUCAACCUCAGUGAGAAAAUGAGUCAUGAAUGGGAGAGAAAAUCAUGGAACAAAACAUAAAGAAAAGCAGAUACUCAAAGAAAUGGAUGUUGCAUUGGGGAGAAGUCUAUAGACACUGUUUUCUCGUUUUGCUUGUCCUAAAGCUUCAUUAGCCUGUUAAUUGCUUUGGUUAAAUCACCAUUUCUUGAAUGACAAAAACUAUUUUUGUGUGUACAGAAGAGAGAAAUGUGAACAGAGAAUUAUAUAGACAUGUGGUAUGACAAAUAUACUAAUUAUUCACAUUUGAGUUUGGGCAUGUGAUUAUCUCUUGUGGAGUGAGUUCAUAUCUGUUUAGGGUGAUUUAUAUCUCUGGUUUGGCUCUGUUUCUGUUUGUUACUUUGAUUUGGAAGAUUGUUGAACUAUUUUAUUUACUUUUUUGAAUAAUUGCAUGCCCUUUUAUCUGCUUUUUAUUAAAUGCUAUGUUUUGUAGGUAGUUACCUCCUGGACUCAUGUAGCAUUGAGAUUGAAUGAAAAAUGAAGCAAUAAAGUAAUUAAACUCUGAAUGUUAUGCAGUGUUAACCCUGUAGGUGUCAGUAGAACGAAAUUUUUA